AGGAACUACGCCCGUGAGGUCGUGAGGGACGAGCUGCUGGUGCGACUUCCACUCGGUGGUCCCGGAAAGAUAGUGUCAAUUGACGAGCGCCUUCUUCGCGGCAAAAGAAAGUACAAUCGAGGCCGCCUGAUGACUGGUGACAACGUUUUGCCAAGCCACAAAAAUUACGGCUGUGUUAUACAUCGUGGACCAUGGGCACCGCUGCUGGAGUCACACUUGACAUAAAUGUGGUGGUAGUCAAUUAACGGCCCCGUGCGCUGCAAAGACCCUUUCUUGCGUGUGUUAGAAGCAUUGGAUCGCUCGGGGCUACCCAGUACGAAGGCACUUUCCUGCGGUUGUUAG